AUGCCCGUUUUUAGCUCUGGCCCCCGGUUCGUCAUCUCCUUCAAGCAACGACGUGCAGUCUCCUUCCAAGCUUCAGUUCACGACUUUAGCUCCUCCCGUCACGAACUCCUUUCGUCGACACUAAUUGAGUUAUCCAGCGAAGACGACUCCGACUCCUCCCCUGCAACCGCCGUUAGCCAUCGUCUCCGACUUCUCCCAUCGAAAUUUGUUUUGACACCGGAUCUAAAUGGCAGAUCUAAUGGAAUUCAGGAUGAUCCAUCUUCUACAUCCAUUAAUGAUAAGACAAUAGGAAAGGAGAAGGGUAAAGAUGGGAAAGAUAAAGCAGAAACACAAACACAAAGACAAGUGGAGUUCAGAUUGACGCACAUAAGCUGUUUGAUGAAAAUCCUCAAAGAUUUCAUUGUUGUUCUUGGCUUAAGAACAGGGGUUUUUUUGGACCUUCAACCAUUUUCAUGUUCUGUGCAUUUCAUCAAAUCUCUUUUACAUACUCUGUCUUCACCUCACCUUUGUUCAGAAAAAGAUUUGAUCUCAAAAGAAGCUUAUACAUAUCGGAAAUCACAUGCUUUCUGUUCACUAUAGGAUGGUUUGUAGAAUUUGUCAAUAAAAGAGUUGUUAAAUUAUCUUGUUUAUACCAUAUAUGGAUCCUAGUAGUGAAUGGUAUUACAAGACAUAUUUAGAUGUAGGUGAAUUUGGGUUUGGUUGAUAUGUUGUAACACUUGUGAAUUUACAUCAGUGGCUAUGAGUUUACUUAUAUUAUUUGGAUUAAAGUUAGAUUUAUUAAUAUUUGAACAUUUUUCUUAAUAAUUAAUGGUCCCCGAUUAAUCCCCGCCUAGCCGAUUAAUCCCUUGACCCCAGUCCACCGCCGAGCUACCGUCGAGCGAUUUCUGCAACCUUGCUUUUUUUUGCACUCAGAUCGUCCCUAUGGUUUGAUUUUGUUGCGUUUUUUGUCCCUAUGGUUUUAUCAAAAUUGCACAUUUGGUCCCUAACUUUUUUUUUGGACUCGGACCGUCCCUGUGGUUUGAUUUUGUCGCGUUUUUUGUCCCUAUGGUUUGGUCAAAAUUGCACGUUUGGUCCCUAACUUUAUGUAUGCUAAUGUAAGGGACGAAAAACGCAACAAAAUCAAACCACAGGGACCAAAAGUGCAAUUUUGACCAAACCAUAGGGACGAUUUCAGUAAUUUAC